AUGGAUUUCCAACGAACCAAGGAGGCAAGACGAGACACACACGGCAAGCCAGACGAAGGCACAGAAUGCCCUUUGGAUGUAUGCGGCAAGGCAGCAGCAGGGGGAGCUGGAGGAGCUGGAACAGGAGCUGGUGAUGCUGGCAGCAGUGAGCAUCCAAAGGAGCGACCCAAGGACGAUUCGCUCCAACAUCGACAAAACAGUACCGGCUCUCCAAAUGUGAACCCUCAGCAGUCUUCUACCUUCACGACGACGACGACAACAUACAGCCAUGCUCAUAAUCACAAUCACAACCAUCAUCAUGUCUCUUCAUCAUCCUCUCCCCCCCCUUCUCCUCGCUCCCUUUCCACCCGCACUAUGCGACCCUCGUCAGCAGAGGCUAUGGACAUCCCAACCAUCCUGGGAUUGAGUCCCAGAGAACAGAAACUGCUACGCACAGCAAAGAAAUACCCGCCAGUCACGAAAAAGACGCUGAGUGAGCUCGACCUCCCGUGUAUCAUGAACAACAUCAAUCUCCGCAUGGAUGCGAACUUUGACCGCGACCUGCAUUUCAAGCCUGACCUGGAUGGCGUCAAGGGUCAGCAGAAGAGGAAAGAGGCCGCUGAUUACUGGGAUGCCAUGGCCGUAGAGAUAUCCAUAUAUGCCUUCUGUGCAGCUCAGGGGCUGGAGCUUCGUGGAACUAACUGUGACCGGGACGAUUUAGAUCAUGGGCAAACGUUUAGGCCUAGACUACCUUCUAUGUUUGAGACGCUGCAGGAUGUUCUCAAAACACUGGUCUCCGAGCGUGACCAUGCCAGUGUCAUGCAGAAUUUGGAGGUGCCGUUGCUGAUGCAGCAGAUCCGCAAGGGCGUGCUGGAUAUGGUUGGUCUGGCCAGAUGGCUUGCUGCGCUGUUGAAGACGCAUUGCGCUCCCAUGAGGGAUGAAUGGGCCGAUCAGAUGGUCGAGCAGAUCAGCCAGGGCUCAAGGUCACAGGACUCAAAGGAAAUCGUCAAGGGACUUCAGACACUUUUUGCUAUUUUAGAGGCUAUGAAACUGGACGUAGCAAACCAUCAGAUCCGUGCAUUUCGCCUUCUUCUCAUUGAAGACACCAUUCCCUUUCUCCAGGAAUAUUUCCGGCACAAGAUCGAAAACAACUUCGACGUGGGGCCUUCGAAACAGUGGUACUUGGAGCUCCACUCUAUGAACAAGGACACCACACAAUCCACCGACGGAUUCGGGCCCGUGGCAGUCAUGUUCAAGGGACUCAUCGACUUACUGCUCCAGUUCCACGCACCCGAAAGCUUCCCUGAGACAUUCAUCUUCGACUCCGAGCGGCUCUGGCAGCUGCGGUCUAAUCUGCAGAAUCUAAUCAAUCUGGACAUCUGCUGGUAUAUCUUUGAAUUGUACAUCCACGAUCAAAAGCGAUACCUAUCCAACCCAACACGAACAUACAGCACAUUCCGCUCUCGCAUCUGGACCUUGAUGGAAGAGAGCGACGAUUACCACGGCAUGCCCUGGCUCCAAAACGUCCGCAGUCUAUCCCUUGAAAUAGCCCGAUUCGCAUGUGCAGCCUGCGGGCCGGACCCGGUAGUGCCAGACGAAGUCAUCGCACGGAUCGAGGCCAUGCUGGAGCGGCAUCUAUCCGAUGAAUUCGGGCUGUUCCGCGUGCUUCAGCUCUCCCUGCAUGAAAAACUAGUCGCCAGGACCUAUGCAUGGGCGAGGAGGUAUAUGAACAUGUCGCCUCUCGCCAUUUGCGAGUCCCAGCGCCAACCGCGGUUCCCGCAUGCACCACAGCCUCAGCCUCAAACACAGAAUCAAAAUCAGUCUCCGUUUCAAAGCCCGUCGCCCCUGGCCGGCUCUCAACGCCAAGAAGACAUUGAGCGGAUCGCGAUGAGACUCGCACACAUUGGCGUGCUGCAUUGGAGAGUUUGGGCGCCUAUCCUAUACGCAAGUGAGGCAUCGCUUUCAUUCUCGCAAAUUGACGAGGAUGCUGGGGACGGCUAG